AUGUCAAAKCCAUAUUAUUAUUUUAAAAAUGAAGUGAAGGGUACAUUGGAAGAUAAUACAGUUUUUACAUUAAUGGACCUUCUAGAGUCCUGGAUUUUUCAAAAUGACUGGACAACAAUCUUCUUUAUAAUUUUCCUAGGCAUUAUUUUUGAAAUAAUACUCAUAAAAAUUUGUGCGUUCUUUAAGAAGACGGUGCUUCCAGAAAUAGAUAGUUCAGUUUCCUGGGAGAGUGAAGAUAGUAGUUGCCUGAAAAGGAAGAAAUUUGCUCUAGGGAAUCAGUCCAUCAUUCCACCAUCUUCUGAAGAAGGAGUUGAUGUCUUUUCAGAAAGAAUUACUUCAUCCCUUCCAUSUGAAGAAAAUGAAGGUAGCUUUGGAGACAAAAUUUUAUCAGAGGAGGAAAUAAUAUGGGCAGGUUCCAAUGAAAGUAAAUAUCAAGUAAGUCACUUUUGUGAAAGUCACAUGCCAUCUUCAGUUGGGACCAGCUCACCUUUGUCAAUCUUUUGUUCAAAAGUAAAGGAAAUUUUUCUUAGUGAUAGAGAGCAUCCAGAAAAUGAAUAUGAAGCAGUACAAUUUUCCUCAAAGAAAUUAUUUUCAAUAAUGAAAACCAACAAAAAUAAAAACGUAAGGUUUUCUUCUGAUCAUAGGCUUUCAAAAACUUGUAUAUUCACUGUAGAAAAUGAAGAUCUCAAUAUGGCACCAUGCCCUCCUGCCCUUUUAUUUCUUUCUAGAGACCAAGUUAAACUUUUGGAAGAAAAUGUGAGAAAUCAAAUUCCUUUAAAACAGAGAGCAUUAGAAAUUAUAAGUAAUUAUCUGUAUUCCCGACCUCAAGAGUCAUUGAUUCAGGAUCAACAUUCUGUUGAGAUUGUUAUUUCUGCCCAAGCACAAGACUUUGUUCCAGAACAAAAUGCUAUGCAGAAUCAAGAGUUUUAUGAAACACAAUUUAUUAAUCAAGCCCAACAAUUUGUUCCUAUCCAAGAAUCAGUCAACAGCCAGUCUGAUAUCAGGGCUAGCUAUUUUGCUCAGGCUCAAGAUUUGAUGAAGAAACCAUUUUACAGCAGCACACAAGACUUCUUCCAGGCCCAAGAUACAGAUAGGAGCCCAUAUUAUACCGGAGCCCCAUAUUGUGUUGAGGCACAAGAUUCAAUCAAGGGCCUAGAAUUUGAUGAAUACUUAGAUGAGGCCCAAUAUUCUGUUUGGUUUGAAGAUUCCAACAAGAUUAAAAAUUCAAUCAACGUGCAAGAAAGUGUUUGUAAGAAUGCUGAAUUUCUAGUUUUAACUGUUAGUCCACAGUCAAUUGCUGAAGAUAUGUCACAACUACAGAUAGCAAAGCCAAAAGACCAGCAACAAGUUGCUUUAUCAGAAAUAAACCAGUAUUCUAUAUGUAGCCCAAUGCUCCUUCCACCUACUGUUGAAGGGCAGAAAAACAAAAGAAAAGCACCAAAUCGUAAAAGCAAACUCAGUCUUAAAGUUCCAUCUCUAAAAGCAAAGAAAACUCCUUCACACGAAUCAAAAUUCAUAAUAUGUCACGCUUCAAAAAACAGGAAUGAGUUAGAAUGUGAGAGUAACACUGUCAAGAAAGAAUUACAGCAAAGAAAAGAUGUAUCAGAUAUAACUUCGCAUCUUAUUUCUAUCUCCAGGCUUAGUACUCCUCACAUUAACAAAUAUUGCCGAAAAAAACUAGUGACAGGCAUGCCAUGCUUACAAAAAUGUGGAUAUUUUCUGCAAAAGCAAAAUAAGUCACCAGAUAAAAAGAAAAUCAAGUACGCGGAUUCUAUUAAGAGAGAAAACCCAGGUAUCAUUAAAAAUGUAAAACUGUAUGACAAAGAAAAUAUAGGACUAAAAAACAUUUCACCCAAAAUGUUACCUGAGCUAGAACAAUCUUCCACAGUCAGCACUGAAGAAGUAAAGGCAUCUUGCACAUUAUUAGAAGCAAACCAGAAGAGUACAGAGUCUCCUAAAGACCUUAAGCAAACACUUGACCCACACAUUCCAAACCAUGAUAUGCCUUCAGAAGAAACAACAGGGGAACCUGUGCAGAAACUUGUUUCAUCUCCUAAGAUGAAAUCAAAUGGAGGCAUGAAAGUACAGGAUGAUCUACCAAGUAAGGAGGAGUCCCGUCUACCACUUUCAAAUGGAGAGGAGUUUGCAGCCACUACACUAAAUAUGCAGAGGUGUUUUCCACAGGAAAAUACACAGCAACAAAAAGAUUUUCUGGAAGUUGUUCUAGAAAUGUCAGAUGUCAAUUUAUUCAUUUCCCUAGGAACCAAAAAGUAUAUWAGCAGUGAAGACUCAGAAGGCAUAAAAAGUCCAGUGAGUACAAAAAGUGUCAAUGUGAAGCAAAAGAAACCUUUAAGACUUAAUAUUUCAGAAAAUGGUAACCUGAGUGAAAGUGAGGAAUUGGAAUGCAACACUGGCAGCUUCAUAAGAAAUAUGCAUCAAGAUGAAAGGACAUCUGAUGCAUUUGAUAAUGCCACUUACACUACCAUUCCUGAACCAACCAAUGUGGAAAUGCACGGAAGAUUAAAAGCCAAGACAGAUACAUCAAAAAUAAUAAUAAAGGGAAGUCAUUCAGCAUCAAAGCAAGAAAAAUUGCCAGAUGCAAAGAGAACAAAGAAGGCAAAAUACAUUCRAAGCUCUGCUUCUAAAAAGCCACAACAAUAUGAUUGUGAACAAGGGGACAAAGAGGAACAAGCAGUAGCUCCUCAGCUGACCCCAGACUUCAGGUUCAGCCUACAGCUGAAGCAAAAGCCCAAAUAUGUCAAAUUUGAAAUGGAACAAAUCUGUUCAGGAAAUAGAAAAUCUCAAAAUGAAGAGCAAGAAAUAACAUCACAAACUCUUUCUAAUCAAACUAUUCUGGAGACGAAUCCAUGCCCCAUGAUGGAUUCAUUUCAAGUUGAGAAACUGAAGCAAAGCACAGACAGAUCUGCAGGCAAAGAAAGUGCUAUGGAUCAUAUGAAUCUUAUCAUUCCAAAGAACUUGCCAUCUGGUGAAUAUUUAAUUGAAACAAUGGCAUGUUGGGUCCCCUUUGGUGGAAACCCCAGAAAGACAAUGCAUGGUCAUAUUACAGAGGAAAAGGAACACUUAAAAAGAGAUUUACCUGCAGUUGCUAUGAAGUCUUCUCAAAUCAGAAAAGUACUGUCAAGAACAAAAAAUAUACUCAAUGCCAGGCAUGCAAUUAUGAAGGUAAAGAAGUUAGAAAAUUCAUUAAUGCUUUGUACCAAGAGACAUGAUGCUCCAAGCCAUAGGAAAAAAAUGGGAGACSGUUUUAAAGUUAAGAAGAUGCUGCAAGACAAAAUUUUGGCAGACGCACUCCUGGAUGUCUACCCUCACUUGUCUAUUUUGCCUAAUGCUAGAAUGGAUUGCAGAUUAAAUGCAGAGAAAAUCACUCAUAUCAGUCUCAUACAAGAGAGAUCCCAUGUUAAUAAGGAAAAUGAAUCUCAAAACACACUAAAAGCUAACUUGCAAGAUGAAGUGAAUGAGGUCAGAGACCAUCUACCAAAAGCAGUCCCUUAUGCACAUACAAUGGAGGAGAGUAAAGCAGAGAAAAAAAUGCAUCAACCAGUCCCAUUUACUGAAACCAUGAAGGAGUCUGUUGAGUCCCUUAGAAUGGCUCCACCUCACACUGAAAAUUUGAAGAGAAGCCUAGCAACACAGACUGACUUCCAGUGCACAGCAGGCUUGGAGAUAUCUCCUCCAAUAUCAGAAAAAUCACUAAGGGGAGACCCUUUUGAUCAAACAAAAGAAAAKAAUGUUCCAGGUAUUAGGAGUGAUACAAGGGAAAUGGAUCACCAUUUUGCAGGAGAAAAAGCAGAAUUACCAAAAGAUUUACAAGAAACUUCCCCAGAAACUUUUAUUUGCUGCAUGCCUGUGCGGUCUGGCUCUAAAAGGAAGAAAAACAGAGUAAGAUUUGCAAACGUGACAAAUACAGUGAAAUUCAAAUGCAUGAAAAUGAAGCCACCAGUCUCACAAAUUUCCAGUAUCACCAGCCRUAGAGAGAAAUUGGACUUUAAAAACAAGGUUAAAAUGGUAAACCCAAUUAAAGACUUGGUACCCGAAUGUCUAAACGCCCUCUACUCUCCCAUAUAUGGAACACUGCCAGGAGAGUACUCUCAAGCUCACAUGAAGCAAGGAGAACUGACAAGUAAAAAGUAUAUUGAUGUCUUUGCUAAGAGUAGUGAAGUCCAUGAGACAGAGGUUUUCCAAGAAGAGGAGGAACAAAAAGCUUCCCUAGAAGUAGCUCCACAGGAGAGCCAGCACCUGUGGUCUGAUGCCUGUCAAAUAAAGAAAACCCACCUUGAUGAACCAAAGCUACCACUGAUCUGCUUAACACAGGAGCUACCUAUUAUUGGGCAAGGUGUGCAGCACCAAGCAGUUUUCCCACAAACUACUUUGGAGGCUAGUCUCAAAAAAGAUCCCACAGAAGUUGAAUUGUGGAAACCCAACCAAAUGCAAAAUGACACAGAAGUCCCUAUGGGUCCUAAGAUUCCACCUCUCCAAGCGGGAAACUCAUCAUGUGAUGAAUUUAACACAGUGAUAAACUGUGGCUUGCCAUCUGGUGGAAACACUAACAGGGAACUAGAUUCAUAUUUUAUGCAAAAAAAUUCAGAGGUGCCAAUGGAUAUGCAAGUGACAGUCCUGCAGUCUUCUGAUUCUGUUAUAUUACCCUGUGUUUCUAAAUUUAAAAGGCAGAAAAAGACAUUAAGAUUAGCAAGGAGGCAAAGACCAGAGAGUCGCAGACUUAGAACUAUGAGGGAAAUAAAGCCAUCAAUCUUAAAUACGCUUAAUAGCAGAUAUAGCAAGGAACUGCAGAGCAAUAUUAAAAUGAAGAUGAAAGGCCCACAGCAAAGAAAAAAUGCAGCAGAUACAUUUUGGGACAUCAUUCUCUCCGAGGUGACCAUUUUGCCCAACAUCAAAAUGAGAAGUUUAACUGUGGGGAGAAUAAAUGUGCGAAGAAUAGCAAGAUUUGGUUAUAUGCAGUUAAUGCAAGAGAAAUCACUAGGUGGAAGAAAAGUGUAUUGCCUAGAUUCUACUUAUAUGAGUAGUUUCUCUAACAGAUUAAAAUGUGGAAAGGAGAGGGAAGGGGAACCUAAAGCUUUACAGCUUCCAGGGAGUAGACAUGGCUUCAUAUUCAGCACACAUCAGAAGAGAGAUCAUGGCCUUGUUGAAUUUGGUGAGAAAUUGUAUCAACCAGGAAGUACAAAUACACAGGUACAACCACAGACACAUCCUGCACCAACUAUCUGGCGUUCUAUUUCAUGCCCCAUGCUAGAUCAAUUUCAAUCUGAAAAGCUGGAGACUUGGGUUAGGUUUUCACCUCCAAAAUCUAGGGAUGCAAAGGUUGUUUCUGCAAAAAAAGGUGGAGCCCCAUCUGAUGUAAGCUGUCACAAGGAACAGGCUGAUAGUAAUGAAAAUAAAGGAACAGUGGCCGUUCUUUUCUGCACACCAGCUUUAUCUACAUAUGAAAGGAAGAGAAACUUCAAACAAUUUUCAGACAUGAAAACUAAAGUGAAUCCCAAAUAUGGAACUAGGAAGGCAAAGAAAUUACCAGUUUCAGACAUGCUCAAUAUCAAGGGUAGUACUAGUCCAAACUGUAGGAAAAAAUCAGUACGGAACUUAACUAAAAUGAAAGACAUGUAUCAAAAUAAAGAAGUAGCAGAUAAAAUGUACUCUUCAGCAACUAUUACAUCUGAUAUUAAUAUGUACAACAAAAUAGAAAGAAGAAAAGGCACAAGAGAAAAACAACUCMGUUCUACAAAAGUAAAGCAAAGGAAUGUUAAUUCAGAUGACAUCAAAGAAACCAAGCUUCAAGAUCAAGAGAAAGAAAAAAGUAAACAGGAAGCAUUGUUAAAAGUAAUUCCACAAUACAGUCAACAUUUUGUAUUCUWUUCAGGCCAGAGGAAGGAUCAUGACCAUUAUAAGUCAAAAAACCAAGGAAGCAGGAAAAUUCUGAUUGUUACAGAACAAGAUGUCCCACAGCAGAUUCAACCCACAGAUCCAGGGCAAGGACAGAACCUGAAGAAAGACCUCCAGACUCAAAAUGGCAUGAUAUAUACAAGUUUAAAGAUUCCUUUUCUAAACUCAGAGGAAUCAUCAGUUGGUGAAGAUAUAAUUGGCACAGAAAAAUAUGGCAUCCCAGUUGACGGGAAGCAUGUGAGGGAACCGCACAGCCAAGGUAAAGAGGAAAAAGCAGGGUUUAAAGAUGAUCUACAGGCAGCAGCUAUACUGGAAUCUUCCAGACUCUCCACAAUUGAUCUACCUGAAUCCAAAAGGCAGAGAAAGACAUUUACAUCUAGAGUCAUAAAAAGAAAAAUGAGUCCCACAUGGAUAAUUAYGAAGGCAAAAAAAAUACCAGUUUCGAAGAUCUUUAAUAUUCCACAGAGUGGUUGUCGAAAAAAUUUUUUAUCUCCAAAGACCCUAAUGACACAGAUUGUUGAAUUUUUAUCAUGCUGUAGCAGCAUCAUAUCUUCUGGGUUUCAUAUGGUCAUACUGGAAGAUCCAAUAGUAGAGAAAAAGAAAAUAUCAGCACAGGAAAYACCAGCAAUGAUUUUGGAGUGUUUGGAUUCCUCCACACUUGCUUUACCUGUAUCUAAAAGAGAGAGAAGCAACUUAAUGCUAAUGAAAAGGAGACAUAAGAUGAGACCAAAAUGCACCACUUUGAAGGCAAAGAAGACACCACUCUCCCAGACAUUUAAUAUCACAGGACGACGUCACACACCAAGUCAAAGAAGGCAGUUCAACUCUGAAACAACAACUAAACAAGGUAAACCUGUGGCAGAUAUAUUCCUAAAUGCCAUUGGCUUUCUCAUGCCUGUGCUGCUUGACACAAAAGUAUGUGACAGAGUGGAAGAGACCAAGAGGCUAGAGAAUACACAGAGUAGCAAUGGGCUACAACAGCAAGAGCAGUCAGCACUCAACGAGACAGAACCAUAUGCACAUCCGGGUGACGAGGACACGAGCCCUAAUGGCACUAAAGAUAUAAUAGAUCAAGGUGGAGAGACAGCCCUGCGGGUGUCCCAACACUUCAGCUUCAGUGCUCAUGGAAUAAAGGCAACUAACUUUAAAUCAGAUCUAGAACUGAAGACUUCAGCAAGCAACAAAAUCCCAGACGUCCUUUCUACACCUCUAGAGCUGCAGCAUCAAAUAGUUGCUGAACAAACUGGUACCAAAGUAGACAGUGAAGUACAUAGGUCUUCAAAAACUGAGAUGGAUGAACCAAGAGUAAAAAUAUACCAUCAAACCCAUCCAGAGUUAGAGAAGUUGCCACAUGAAGACACACAAAAAAACAGUUUGACUGGUUUGCAAAACAGACCUAGUGAUGCAGUGAAAAUGAAUGUGCUACACGCAGAGACACAGGAGGAUAUCUCAGAUGUGCCAUCAGGGUCUGGUCCACACUGCAGCCAGCACUUGAGCUUCAGUGUAUAUCAAAUGGAAGCCCUUGGUUCUCACAAAUCAGAGUCUGAUCUGAAGAGGUCAGAAGGCAGAAGGACUCAGAAUUUGUCCUAUAUAGCACAAGAAACACACCUUCAAGAAGAAGAUGUGUUUAAGAGAAGCCACCGGUUUCAAGAAACUAUUUUGGAGCCUAUUUCUGGACACAUGAUAAAUUUUCAAGUUGAAACAAUGCAAAGAAGUCCUCAUAUGCAGGAAGAAGUAAAAAUUAUGGCAGGUCUAAAGACAUCAUCUCCAAAUGCAGAGGAAUUGGAGAUCAUUUCAACAGUGUCUGAUUUGCCCUGGGAUGGAAAUGCUAGACAGAAAUAUGAUUAUCCAGUUUCUKGGGAAAAGGCAUACAAUCACAAAGACUUAUUAAGAACAUCUUUAAAACCUUUAGAUUUCUCCAUCUUUGUAUCUUAUGAAUCUAAAAGUGAGACCUACACAUUAGAUUUUGUAAGCAAAAAAAGUAUACUGAGUCCUAAGCAUAUAACUUUGAAGGCAAAACAACCACCAAUUUCAAAACUGCUUAAUAUCUCAAGGUAUCCCAUAGGAGGCCAUCGAAAGAAAAAGAACAACAUAAAGCACAAGCUGAGAGAGGUGCAGUGGUAUGCUAGUGUCAGAAAAGUAUUACUUGAGGCCUCUGAAGAUGCUAAGAGUCUUCCCCUCAAAUUAAUGAUUGAUAAGCUCUCAUUGGAUACAACUGUGAGGGGCAUCCAAUCCAACAGAACAUUUCAAAAAACUGUGGUAGGUCAUAUUCCAGAGGAAAAGGCAGAGUUAGAAGAAAAUGUAACCAAAACUUUGUUGGGGCCUUCUGAUUUUUUCAUGCCUGGUUUCUUUGACUCUAAAAGCCAGGCAAGCACAGUACAAUUGUCAGAAAAUGAAACUAUAUUGAAUCCCAGGUGUUUGGCUACAGAGGAGGAGAAGCCACCAGUUUCACAGAUACUUAAAAUCAGUAGACACUUUGGCACAAAACAUAGCAAGAAAUUUAAAUCUAGUUUAAGAACCAGCAUGAAAACAAUGUGGCAAGGUAGAAGCAUGACUGGCACAUUUCCAAAUACCCGUUGCUUUGCACCAAAUACCUCUGGCAUUAGAAAGCAAUGUAAGUUAGAAAUAGAGGCAGACAUGACAGUACCAAGGUUCAGUCAUACACAGCUAACACAGCAGUCACCAGCUGGAGGCCUGUCACAUUCCAAUUCCAUUGACCAGAGCAGUGCCUCCUGCUUUUUAAGGGAAACAGAAUUACAUGAUGGAGAAUGUGGGAAAGAGAAAAGAGAACCUCCAAUAAAAACUGAUUUAUUCUACAUAAAAAGCUUAACAAUAAAUGCACAUCCCAUAAAAGUACCCGAUCCUGGCAAAUCAGAAGUCAUUCUUCUAGGAAAAUCUUUUUUCCCCAAAAAGCAGGUGUAUGAAGGGGAUCCAGGAAAAAAUGUCAAAGUAGAAAACAUAGAAAAUGUGCAAGCAAGUUUGGGAGUUGGACACUCCAAGAUGGAGAAACCACAUAUUUUUGCAGAUUUAGGUGAACCAAAAGAUGAUGUUGUAUUUAGUCAAUAUGAUCAAAAGGGAAUUGACCAAUCUGUUUUAAAAGAAAAAGCUCCAUACCAUUUGGCUGGAACCAUAGAUUCUGUUGGCAGGCAUUUAACUGUGUCAGAAGGAAUUGAAAGACAGACUGACAAUGUAAACAUAGUUAUCACAAGUCCAAAAGGCAUAAUUUCAAAGGUAAAGCGAUUGGCAGUUUCACAACCACUUAAUCAUGCAGGUCAUGCUGCUCUAAGCAUUACUGAGAAACCAAAGUGGAAUUUUGAAACCCAAAAGAUAAAAGUAGAGAGACAAGAGGCUGUACCAAGUACUGAAGUAAAAUCUGUAUAUGCCUCUAUGCCAAUGCUAUGCUGUAUGAAAAUGGAACAAUCACCUAGUACCAGGGAUACACAGGAAAAAUCUUUGAAGGAAAAUGCUCCUAAUAAAGCAGAAGUUAGGGAGAAAGAGGAGUAUGGAGAACAGAUUUUGUCUAGAGCAGCUCCACAGGAUAUCCAGCCAGUUGAGUUUGGAGCAGAUCAAUUGAGAGAGCCUGAUCCUUUCAGCUCAGAAGCACCUUCAAUCAAUAGAAAGAAAAAAUCCAAGACUGCAAAUGGUGAAACGGUAACAAAUCUCAAGACAUUUGCCCUGCAAGAGAAACAGCAAGAGCCCAAAGAAAAAUUUAGGGAAAAAGAGGAAUAUGAACAACAGAUUUUGUCUAGAGCAGCUCYGCAGGAUAUCCAGCCAGUUGAAUUUGGAGCAGAUCAAUUGAGARAGCMUGAUCCUUUCRGCUCAGAAGCACCUUCAAUCAAUASAGURUGCCCCAAGAWGAUCACUYCUCARAAAAYAGAAAUUUAUUUAAUAGAUCAAGAAGCAGAGAGAAAACCUGUGGAGUUGCUUAGUCCAGAGUCGGUUUCUUUCUCUAAUGUAAAUCCUCUUCAAAUUGAAAUCCAGAAGAAAGAAUUCCAGACUGCAAACAGUGAAAAAAUUACAAAUCCUGAAACCUUUGCCCUGCAAGAGAGACAGCAAGAGCCUGGUAUCUCAGGAAAUAUCUCAAGUUCUCCUUAUGUCUUCAUACCCAUGUAUCCUAAAAUUGUGAGACACAAUUGUACAGUGGAAACAGCAUAUGUGAAAAAUGCUAGACAUACCAAACAGGUAAGACUGAAGGCAAAGAAAACACGAGUUUCCUGGAUGCYUGGAUGUGGUUCAAGAAACAAUAAGGAGGAGCAGGGAGGGAACAUUCAGCAGRAGAAAGCUUUCCAGUUGAGUAAAGCUGCAACAAACCCACUUCUGAAAGCUGCUUUUGACUCUCGAUCCCCUGUGCCUUCCAAUAAAAAGCCUAUAGAAAUAAAAAUGAAGAAAGACGAGUUGAAGAAGGGGGUAAACAUUUUUUCACAGCUAACACCAGAGAAACCACUAAACGACAGGCAGAUAUCAUUGUCAGAAUGUGUUGACAUGGCCGGCAUCAUUGAAAAACCAGAAGAGAAUAUUAGAAAAGAACAAACCCACCAACGCACUUUAGUAGACAUGCCCCAACAAUACCUACAACAAUUACCGAUUAGGUCAGAAGAAAUGAAAAGGCAUCCUCAUGUCAAAUUAGAAUAUUUGGAAAGAAAGGUGUGUCUUGAGCCCAUUUCACAGAAAGAUGAAACUGAUUACAUUGGACUUGACCAUGACAAAUUAAAAGUUGAUUUGGAAAAAGAAAUACACCCUGUUAUAUUUUCACAGAAGAGAGAAAUUAGKGGUGGUAGGCUCAGAAAACCAAUAACAGAUACAGAACUUGAUUUCUUCACUGCACAAGGAGAGAAACAAAGAACUGCAGAUGGUGCUGAACAUUCAGUUUCAGUUCCACCCAGGAAAGAAAGAGCAAAGAAAACAGAUAUUUCAUUAAGUUCAAAAGGACAGAAUAUAUUCACUUAUAAAAAGCCAGAAUCACGGAAACAAGAAAGUACUUUCCUGGUAGACAUGGAAUCUGAUUCCUAUCCCAUUAGAGAAMCUCUUCAUUUAGAAAACACAGGACAGGUAGCUAAGGAAGAUAUGCAUGUUAACAGAAAAAAUAUUUCACAUCUACUGGGAAGAAAAGAAUUACAGGAAACAGAUAUCUUAAUAGAUUCCAAAGGACAGAAAUUUCUUUAUUCAAAGCUAAAGGAUCCACUCAAAAUUUGUGCAGAGCAGAGAAGACAUGUGAAACCAAGUCAUACACCUGAAAGUAUGGAUUCUGCAUCUUGCCUCAGUAAGGACCCUCUUCGUUUAAAACAGGCAGUAAAUACAAGGAAAGAAAAUGGUAGGCUCUCUCGAAGUUUCAGUGUAAAUCAACGGGGAAAAGAACAAACAGAAUUAACUGAUAAUCUAUUAAAAUUAAAUAGACAGAAAGUGGACUUUUCAAAAAAAUUGAGGGCAAGGCAACUGACUACUUAUAACCAGCACAAAGACAAAAUUCUAGAAUCUAUUUUCUCUCACACAUUACAUCAUCUUCAUAUUGAAAAUGCAAAGAAACAAACCUCAGCAAAAGCAAUACUAAAGUCAGAAGUCUUGAAAAAAGCAUCAGAUGAAGUGAGUGUUCUGGAAGAUCAACCUCCAUGUACAGAAGGAAUUAAUCUGCCUAUUACAGGAACAGAAGAACAUCUACGAGACAGUAUAUGCACGGUUUUUCCAACAUUUGUUACUCAUCCUCUGAUGGGUACAUAUCAGUUUAAUUUGCAGGUAAAGAGAACAUUAAAUGCAAGAGAUAAUCCAUGCUAUCAGACUUUGACUACAGAAAGAAAACAGCAAAAGAAAAAAAGUAUGUAUAAGGCUCUUCCACAGUCCACAUCUGAAAAUGAUAGUCCAGUGCUAGAUGCUGUAAAUAUCAUGCAUUGUGACUCUUCAGCUUCACAGACAUUAAAGCAAAUGGAUGUUACAAAUGGAUAUACUCAAAAAGGGAAAGAAGCACCAAAACAGCAGCACCUAUCAAUUUCCUAUGAGAACUUGAAGGAGCGAAUGUUUUACCCUCAAAAGUAUCCCUGUGUCUGGCCACAUUCAAUUCCUCUAACAAAGGAGGUAUUAGCAGAAGUGGGUAGUGCAUUAAGCAGGGUAGAAGGACAAAAUCUGUUUUCUACAGAUCAACCAAGCACUGCAUAUAAGYGUGGACUAGAACAGAGUGUGUCUCCAAUUACUCCAAGGGACAUGAGAAAACAAGACAAAAUGCCUGUAGAACAAAGCACAGAAGCUAAGAAACACAUGACUCGUUUAUUUUCAGAAAAAAAGCAAUCAUCAUAUGGGGCACCAGUAACAGAGACAAUAUCAAAUGGAAGUUCAUCCAAACUAAGAGUUGGAAUGAAGGUAAAAUCACAUAGGGGAAUUCCAGGAAAGGUGCAUCUACCUAGAAUACUAUUACAUUCUCUGUCUGUAUGUAUGUCUGUUUUGCGUGAAAGUCAAAGACAGAAGGAUAGCCUAAAACAAGGUGUUAUGAAAGACAUAAUAUGCCCCAAAAGAAAAGCCCUAGAGUUGAAGAAUCUCUCCAGUGUCACUCACUCUGAUACCCCAAGCAACAGAGUAGAAGGGCAGUGGAAUGUAAAAGAGAAAACAGUAAGUACAAGACCCAGAAAGGGUGAUCCAGAUUUGGAUGUGAAAAAAACAUAUCAGCCCAUCCUUUCUUUACCUCACUUCAAAUUGGAUAAUGAAAAACUCGAUGGGACUACUUCAAAUGUAAAAAGAAGAAAACAACAUAUAUCACAGGAAGAGAAGGACAGAGUGAAAGCACUGGAAAUGGAAGAAAAAAUGAACCCAUACUUCAYAAUGAAGUCAGAGAAAUCACUGUCACAUAUGCUCAACAGAAAGGACUUGCCACUGUUGAAAAUUAUAAAACCAGAAAGCAGGGUACAAGAAGAUAAAGGUAAAUUAGACGUAGAUCUAAGACUCUCCUAUGUUUCUUUACCAUCUCUGUCACAUUCUAAUUUGAAUCCUAGGAUAAAAGUAAGAAAAGAUAAAUCAAGAAUACCAAAGGACUGCCUUCCACCACUAAAGCCCCAGGCAUCCUUAAAUAUCAGAAGAAUAUCAUAUUUAGAGUCAACAACUCGAUAUCGCUUCAAUAACAUAAUGGAAUCAAAAUGUUUGCUACAGAAGAAAAGGAGAGGUAGAGGAAAUAUAGUAGAUCUGAAAGAUAUAAUUGGUCUCAUAUAUAUCAUUCUGAAGGGAAAGAAUUCACCUUUUAAACACUUAGUGAAUAGGAAGGAAUUACAGUGGUCCAACAAAAAAACAAAGAAAAUUAUGCAGGAGGAUAAACAAAAUCAAGACAUAAUUCAGAAUGAACUCUGGGAUUCCAUUCCUCCACCUCACCCAGAAUGGGAUCCUACAAUAAAAGAUCUAUACAUGCAAGGAAUCAUAAGGUUCUGUCUUCCAUUAUUGACACUCCAGGAAUUGUCAGAUGGAACGGAACUAUAUAAGGAGCCAAUUGAUGAUGUCUUAAGCAGUAUAAAAAGAGCAAAAUACAUGCAAAAUAUAUAUCCUACCCCCAACAGUGUAAAAAAUGCUGUAGUAGUUACAAUGCAGAAAGAAGAGGAAAGUGUAAAAAUGGAAAAAGUAAUGCUUUUGAAAGAAAGAAAAUCAUUGGCAAUUUCACGGGAAAUUCAGYUAGACAUCAAAGAGCAAGAUAAAAAUCUGCAAAAAGUUAAAGAUGAAUCAAAUGAGAUUUUGACCAGUACUGAUACAUACAUACCGCCUCCUCAUUUAAAAUUGGAUAUGAGGAGAAGAAAAACAGACUAUGGAACUGAGGUGAGAAGAUAUUUUCUUCCAGAACUAUCCUACCAGAAAUCAUCARAUGCAGUGAGAAAACCAAGCAAAGAGUCCAUUGAGGGUGAUAUCACAAGUGGUACACAAAAAUUAAAAGAAUUUAUGCCACAGACAGAAAAGGAUGAUGUAAAGAAAUUAGCUGAGAAAGACACAAUGUAUCCAAAAGCCAAAGGUUUGGAAGGAAAUGGAGCACUUUCACAAGACCUACCACCAAAUCCUAAAGAGCAAGGGAAAACUGAUCCAGAAGGCAAAAGACAAGGUAAACUCCACAAAGGUCGUCAGGAACAGGGGAAAGCAGUUGCAGCAGGUAAAGCCCAGGACAAAUGGGAUCAAGAAGGCAAAGGUCAAGGGGAAGUGAAUCAAAACAAUAGAAAGCAAGGAAAAAUAGACCAAGAAAGUGAAAGUGAGCAGGAAAUGGUUCCCCAUGUACAUAUGCCUUCCGAACCUCCUCUGAUUUAUCAUAAGGCAGGAAAAGAAGAUACACACAAAAUAACAAGAUCUGCUACUUCACCAUUACAGGACCAAAAAUUAUUUGACAGAAGGCAGAUGAUGCAUACAAAAUCAACUGGGGAGGAGAAAUCACAUGAUGUAAAACCCAUACAAAAAUACAAGGCCCAGAAAGAKAUGGAGAGAAAAAACACAGUAAAUAUGAAACAUAGMGUACAUCCUGAGGAUGUGACUUUCAAAGCAGAUCAAUUAUCACUUCCACAUGAACCCAGUAUCACUGGCCAUGGUGACCCAAAAACUAGAGAACAGACAAACGUAAAUGAAAAAUUGGGACGUGUACAGGAAAGAAAACAUGAAYUAGAUGAGGUACUUCCUUUACCUCACUGUAAAUCAAACAAAGGAAUAGAAGUCAUGGAACAAAAACAAAAAGUAUCAAGGUCCUUUCUUCCCCCUUUAUACCACAUGGAAUCUAUAGUUGUUGGGAAAUUGUAUUAUAAAGUGUCACCUUUGAAAGACAUCUCAAGUGAUUCAAGAAGAACAAAAUGCAUGACACAUGGAGAAGAGGAUAAAGAAAAUGUUUUAAAGAAAAAUAUAAUGUAUCCCAAGGACACAUCUGGGAAGGCAAAGGAAUCACUCCUUGAUGAUAUAUUGAAAAUAAAGAAACUGCAAGUGAACAUCACACAGCAGAACAAACAGAGACGGGAAGGAAAUGAGGAUAUAAAUGUUCUUCUCAACCAAACUUAUUCUUUUAUCACUUCUUCACCUCUCUUUGAAUUAGACACAAUAAAAGAAGAAGAUGAACCAAGAAAAAUAAAAAGUUAUGAACCACAUCCUAUGCUGCAUGUAUCAUUUCCUUCAGGACAAAUAAGACUUACAGAGUCCAUUUCUAGCUGUGCAAAGAAACARAGCCAUGCAAAGCCAAGAAAACAGUGUUUAUCACAGGAGGAAGGCAGAAUACAACCCUCAGCCACAAGGGGCUUGAUAGGCCCCAGUGGCACAGCUUUCCAGGCAAAGRCCUCAGCGUCUUCUCAUGUGGUCAAUAUCUGUGAGCACAGUGCUCUGCGCAACACUCAGGAACCGCAGGGGGGCAUUAGAGGAAAAGUAGGACUGAAGCAAGAAAAAACAAGAGAUCCUAAUGUGGUUCAGGCAGAAAUAUGUCCUUCCAUACCAUCUCCCUCUCACCACAGAGGUGCUUCUUCACAAGCAAAGCUUCCUCAGUUAUUAGAUAUAGGGAGAAUUGGACAUGCUGGUUUACRUGAAGGUGUUAACUCACGUAAUAUAACAUUAGGAGCAAAGGGGCGUGUGCCGUGCAGAGAGGUAAGGGACAAAGUGAAAAUAAAAGGCACAGAAAGUAGUAUAAUAAGUGUGAGAACAGAGGCAUCCCCGCAUCCACAUCUAUACGAUAGAAGGAAACUACCUUUGAAUAUUAAAAAAGAAAGGAAAGGAGAGCAAGAAGGCAAAAGGGAACCAGGAGUGGUUCUGAGGAAAAGCUCUUUACCUUUUCCAUCUUACCUGGAGCUGGACACUAGAAUGAAAAAACAGGAAAGAACCCUUGGAAGAACACAGUUCUCUUUUCCACCAUUAACGACUCAAGAUGCAUCAGAUUCAGAUAAAAAAUCAUGUACUGAGUCAUUGGAUAGUUACAUGUUGAACACCAUUAAAGAAUCAGUACAGUCCAUAGCACAGCAAGAAGAAAAAGAUAGAUUCAAARUAGACAUAAAAGACAUCAAACUCCCCAAAUAUGUGAUGGUACAGAAAUCAUCACUUUCAUAUUCACUCAAUAAUAAUGCACUGCCAUGGAAAACCAAGGAACAAAAGGAAAAAAUGCAGGAAUAUAAAACUAAACUACUGGUGGGUCUGGCAAACAGAAUUAUAAAAUCAUCUCUCUCACUUCGGCAGUUCAAGGAGUCAAGUUCAGGGAGACUAGCAUGUCCAGAAACARUUGGUGGAAAACUUUCAAAUGAGGUAGAAGAAUUAAAAGAACACAUGCUACAGAAAGAAAAUGAAGGAGAAAAAGUUGUGGGUAUGAAUGUCAUAGUGGAUCCUAAGGACACUUGUUUGAAGACAAAGAAAUCAUGUAUUUUACAUACACAAUUAGGUGACCUUCAAGGGAAAUCUAGAAAGCAAGAGGAAAAGGUUCUAGACRUUAAAAGUGAGGCAGAUAUAGUGCCCAGUGAGACUUCUGCUGAAUCUCCACUUCUGCCUGAUGUGAAUACUGGGAUCAAGGAAGAAAGCACACCAGUGUGGGCAAGAUCCUUUUUUUCCAAAGUAAACUUCCAGGAAUCAUUGAAUUCUGAAGGAGGCAUAUGUAUAAAGCCAAUUACUGGUGAUAUUUUAAUUUGUCUACCAAAAGGAAAACAGCAUGUCCAACAGAAUGAGGAAGAGGAUGGGGUACAAAUAAUAAAGUUCAUGUUCCCCAAAUGUCAAGAAAGGAAGGUGCAGGAACGUCCAGAGGAACCUUCUGCUUCAUUGCCAACUCUGCCUCAGCGCAAGUUGGAUACAAAAGUAGAAAUAGAUGAUGAACUGCUAAGACUUCCAAGGUCUGCUUUGCCAAAAAUAUCAAGUGCAGGGAAAACGGUACCUACAGGGUCAGUUGGUAAUGAUACCAUUAAAGAUGUUAAAGGUGAAAAACAACAUAUGCUUCAGAAAGAAACGAUAGAUAGAGGGAAAAUAGUAGGUAAGGGAAGCAUAGAUAUAUCUUUGAAGUCAAAGAAAUCACCUUCUUCCCAUAAACUCCAUAGAUCAGAACUGCAUAUGAUUGUCAGAGGACACAAAGGAAAAGAACAUGAAGGUCCACUUGAACCACAAGGUAUAGUCCCGAGAAAAAUUUAUGCUUUCAAACCUUCUCCACCCAAACCUAAACUGGAUAAAGAUACACAAGUAAAUGAAGAAGAACUUGGAAAUAAAACAUUUCUGUUGCCACUAAUGUGUUCAGCACUAUCAGAUGCAGAGAAAAUAGCACAUACAAAGGCAAUAGGUGGUGAUGUAAGGCAAAGAGACCCUCAGAUGUCAUGGAAAGAAAAAAGGUAUGAGCUGAAAACAGUAGAUAUGAGGAUCGGGGUGCAUUGCAAAGAGGCAAGGAUUUCACCCAUUUCACAUAUCCUUAAUAUGAAGGAGUUUGUACUGAAUAUGAAGGUGCUGGAGAAAAAAGUGCAUGAAGGAAAAGAUGAAUCACGUGUGGUUUUGASAAGGACUUUUCUUUCCAUACCAUCAGCACCUCUCCUUUCUCCGGAUUCAGGGAACAAAGUAGAGGAAGUCUCAGCAAGAAUGUCAGGACCCUCUCAAUCACAACAGAAUCUCCAGGAUUUAUUAGAUGCCCAGAAAAGAGCAAUCAGAGAAUCMGUUGAAGAUGAUAGUAAAAACACCAUGAAGCAAAGGAAACAGGGUGUGCCCCAGAAAAAGGCGGAGCCACAGGGGGCCUCAGACUUCAUGAUUGGAGCCCAGCAAAGGAAUGACAAACCACAAGUUAAGUCAGAAAGAGAUUUAAUUUCAAAAGAUGUGAACGUUAAUUUCACAAGAUUUGGUACAACACAAAAUGAGAGAAGAGUGGAAUUGCACUUUACAGGACAAAAGGCUCAACCAGAAAGAUGCAGAGAACCUUAUGGUAUGUUUUAUUCCUACCACACAAUGGAUGCAAUUAAAAUUGGAAAUCUGAAGAAGAAAACUGAAAUAACAUGUAACAUAAAUCAGAAAGUAAGUCCUAGGGUUUCAGCUUCCCUGCCAAGGGAAACAUCCAAGGAAAUAUAUAUCAAAUUUGGCACCCACAUAGGUUCAAAAGGAAUUUCUUUUCCAGAGAGAGAUGCCCACCAACAGGAAAUUUCAUCAGAAGUAUCUCUAGAAUGUGUGGAUUCAUGUGAAUUUGAUAUGCCAGAGAAAGAUGUACAAAGUAAUAACAAAAUAAGCAAAAUGUUUUCUCCCAAAGUGUUAGCACCACAGACAAAGCAAUCACUUGAAAAAAUAAAUCGCACCAAGUCAGGUACAUCUCAAAAUAAAGAACAAGGCRUUAUCAUGGAAAAGCAAGCAGUGCCGUUGUCUGAGAGUACUCAGGAGACCAGGCCAAAUUCUGUGUUUUCUCUUCAGUCUCCACUUCAGGAUGGAAAGCACAAGACACCGUUGGAAAUAGAUAUAGACAAAAAAACUACAGCAGGCUCCAGCCUACAAAUAUUACCAGGAAUACACGUGGAUAUUACAGAGUGUGAUGACAUAACAGGAAAAGAAAGUCAGGCAUUACUGGUUUCAGAACAAGAGGAAUGUGUUAUAGAGUCCUUUAACCCACUCUGUACUUUUCAAUUUCAAUCUGAACUUCUGGUGGAAGAAGGUGAAGUUAACACAGCUACCACUGUGUAUUUGGAACAGAAGUUAGAGAUGGCCAGUGACAUUACUGUGAAUCGGGAAGAAGGGAAAUUGAAAGUACACACACACAGAGCUAUACAGCUGAAAGAGAACAAAAUGGAAAUGCACAAGAAUAAUUCUGUUGGUCUGGAGAAGGACGACACAGGAUCAGCCUCAAACCGUCCUGCAAGCCUUCAUGAUUUAUCUCCAAGAACAGAGGAGUCUCAGAGCCAGACUCCAGUAAUCACACCUAAGGAAAACAUCUGCCCCAUCAAGCAAAAGCACAAAGAGGAACUAGGGUUGUCUAAGGUAAAAGAAAACAUUCAAGUACAAAAACCACUUCAAAGAAACACUCUGGAUUCACUUUAUGCCUAUAUUCCUCUUUCCUUCAAAGGCCAGAAAGGCAAAUUGACAAUUGCAGAUCUGGAAAGAAAACUGAACCACAGACACUUAACUAUGAAAGUCCCAAAUCACCCAAUUUUACAGAUUCUUGGUUCCAUAAGACGUAGUUCUCCAAGCAAUAGGAUGAAAUUGCAAUAUGAGUUUAACAAACCAAAUAGAGAAGUUUCUUGGGAUAAAGAUGCCCCAGGAAUAUUUAUCAGACGUCUUCGUGUUUCCAGGAAGAGUCCGCCACAAAGUGAAGAAACUGUAAAAUCUAAGACAAACCGACAACGGGAAAAGAGAGUUUGUCUUUCUAAAUUCCGGGGGCAAUCACCAAAUGCUGGUGAAAUUGUCAGGAGAGACACCUCAACAGUUGUAAAAAGGGAACGAAAUUUUAAAGACACAGUUCCCCAGAAGUCUCAACCCUUUGCAGUGCACAAACAACCAAUGCAGAAGCGUUCUCGUGGUAAGUCAGAAGCAAGCCUCAAGAGUAAAACAGGUAGGAAAAGAGAAGUCAGUAAAAAAACAGGUCAGAAAACUCCACAAACUGAGAAAAGGAUUAUUCCCAGUCAUGAUGCCCCAAGGAACAUAAAAAAACCUGAUUCACAUAUAAUUGAGCAAGAAGAAAAGAUACCAGAAUGCAUUCUGACACCCACAGAGCACCCAUCCAUGUUUAAAGGUCCAAAGGAGAUUUGUUCCUUGUUUCCUAAGCACAGAGAUCAGGGUGAACCAGCAUGGGACACCACCUCCCAAGAGGUCCAGCAGCAAGUAGCUGUUCCAGGAACUGUGCCCACAUCACUGCAAGUUACAAGUGACGAGACCAAAACACCUUCAAGUGCUACAAGUGCAGAAAGUUUAUUUUUCAUUUAUGAAGCAAUUAAAGCUGCCCUUGACUUCCAGGUAAAAAAUAUGAUCCAAGACAAAGUUUCUUCUGAGAAACUGGACAAAUUGCAAGCCGGGAAGUCUGAUGACUCAAUGUCACCCCCUUUUCCAGAGAGUCCAGAUACAACAUCAACAAUAAUGAGUUCCAAACCGCAGCACAAACCCCUUUUAAGACAUUUUAAUCCUGAAGAUAAAAAUAAACUCACCAAUCAUUUGGGAUCAAAAGCACUUGAAAUAAAACUGAGUCUGAUGCCAGAGGUGGCAAAAAAAUCCUUACAAAUGUUUGACUUUUGUCCCAGAGGGGCGAUUCCUGAAAAUAACAGUUGGAGGCUCUAUCCACGGCAUAAACAAAUGAGUCUUAUGUCUCCAGAAGGGGUGGAUAGUGUAGAACUUAACUUAAAACGUGAUUACCAAGAAGAUUCACCUCCUCUCAGCUGUAUGAAGACACUGCUGGUUAAUGUUUCAAGCAGCAGCAAUGAGCUCAUUUCAAAGUUAAACAGUAUUAAUAACCUAGAAAGUGAGAUGUCUUCAGUGAUUUUGACUAGUGAGAUGCCACUGCCUCAUAUUCUCCAGAAGUACUCAGUCAAAGGUAAAGACAAACUUGUCAUGCACUUUUCUAUGAAAAUAUUAGAAAUACAAAUGAAAGCCCUUCCCAGAGUUGUAAGAGAAUCUUGUGCAGUGGCCACUGCCCAGGAUAGAACAAAACCUUUAUCUAACUGUAUUCAUUCUGUCAAAGUCCCAAAGCGUAAAAACAGAAUUUUCUUACUUUUUGAAGAAAAAUCUCUUCAUCAAAUUGAUCUUGAUUUACAAUACAAAUACCUCCGCUUUCUGCUGGGGCUUUCUGAUGAGAGUAUGUUCCCCAAGCCAAAUGCACUUCCUAAACACAUUCUUAAACUACACCCGAUUUCAAUAUGUAAAAAAGUAGAUGAUGGUAGAGAAAGCCAUUCUCUUUCCUUUGACACAGAACUGUUAGAACAGCAUAUUUCUUUUAAAAAGCAAAACCCCCACAAAAACUCAUUACACUUCAGAAAGUUCUUGGAGCCAUCCCAUAUGUGUACCUCUGACGCCAGUCUACCCAGUAGGGAGCAGAAAGAUUCUAGGACUAUUUCUGAGCUCAAAUCUGACAUKACUCCAGAAAAAGAUAAACAAUACAGUAUGUGGUUUCAAGAAACAAAUACAUAUAAGCCUUUUAAUUUAAGGAUGCAGGAGAAUGAUACUGGUUUAGUUAACUCGCGUUCCACUCAGACUUCUGAAGAUUAUACUGAUAUUCAGAUAAAUACUGAGAGUUCAGCUAACCUGGACAAGUGCUUCUCCCCAGAGACACGUGAGAGUCAGGAAUGUAUGUUUUUAGAAACCAACCCUUACUUAAGUCGGGAGUCACAAAACGUUCUCUUGGAAUUACAGAAGGGCAUUCCUUUGAAAAAUUUUUCUAAGAUGAAAGAAGUCACAACUUACUUGCAGCAAUUUUGCAGGGAAGAUUUGGGCUCCCAUCAUAUUAGAGCCUGUAGGAAACAUACGUUUCUUAUGAAACCACCUUCCUGUGAAAAGCACAGAAGCAGGAAAUACAGAUCAAAUAUAUUCCAAAUGCAGCCUCUUGAUUGGUCUCCCAGCUCACUUAAUACUAUGGACAUUCAGUCUCUGUCUCCUUCCAUCUCACUCAGAGAAGAGCAGCUUUCGUGGACUUCAGGGAGCAGGACAGGGUACUCUGUAGCUUCCUUAACUGAGUCAAAUAUGAAAUUACAUCUUGAAAAUGACCAAGACAAGUCUCACAUGUACCUGGAAAGCAAAGAAAGAAAGAAAGCCAAAUUUGAUUUAUUCAGAAAGAACAACAUUCAUCGGGACUAUAACUACAUUCAUACACCAGGUAAAGAGAUACACACAAGAAAGAGGAAAGUGUGUAAUUAUGACUCACAAGGAUCAUCUUAUUCCCAAAGCAAACAUAGAUCAUCGUCAAAAACUCAUCACAUGGGUAUUAACUUCCAUUCUGACAAAAAACAAGACCAGCCCUUCUUUUAUGCCUGUGUACCAGCAGAUUCACUGGAGAUUAUACCCAAAACCAUUCGCUGGACUAUUCCUCAAAAAACCUUAAGGAAGGGAAACUUCAGAAUUCCACUGGUGGUAAAUACUUCAAGUCCUUGGAAUAUAUGGAGCUCAUCCAAAAAGUUGUGGGAGUCACUGUCAGGGUCCUUUAGUACAGUUCAUCAGAGUUGA